AUGGACAAAAUAUCACCAGAAAUUUUAGCCGCUAGGGCAAAACUGAAGGAAAAGAUGGGUGGGAAUUUGAGACAAAUUGGAGGUAAGGGAAGUGCAAGAAGAAAAAUUAAAAAGGUACAUAAGAAUUCCAUGUCCAAUGAAAAGAAAAUAAAUUUAAUUUUAAAAAAAAUAGGAGCUUCUUACUUUGGUGAUGUCGAUGAGAUUUGUAUAUACAAAGCAGGAGAUACAUAUAUGGAAUUUAAGAAACCUAAAUUAUCUGCUUCUCUACAGUCUAAUACAUAUGUUGUUACAGGAAAAUUUACAGAACAGAAAAUUGAUAUUAAUAAAAUAUUUGAAGGACUUAAAGGAAAUAAAAAUGUAGAUAUGAAUCUUCUUGAAAAGAUAAAAAAUGAUCCAAAUAUAAAAAAUUUACUUAACAAAGAAAAUAAUGCAGCUGCGAAGAAGGAAGAAGUAGAAGAACAGACAGCUGAUGCACCAGAUUUGGUGGAAAACUUUGAAGAAAUUUCGAAGGAAGAUAAGUGA